GGCCGCAGGUUGGCUAGUUUUCAAUACUUCCCACACUACAGCUCCCGACAUUCCGUCUCGGCCUCGCUGUUCUCUCUUCAUGUAUAUGUAUAAGGCGCUUCUGCAGUGAGCCGCUGGAUAGUGAUGUGUUUUAAGGAGGUGGCUCCGUGUUCCGUUGAGGUUGAGAGCGCUCAAAUGCACUCGGCGUUUUAACCAGCGUCUCAAUGCGGAGGCUGCAGGAACAUCCUAAUGGCAACCAGUAAGGGAGAAUGCGCUAACCAGACGACCACAGCGCGUUCGCGGAUGUGUUUAGCUCAGAAUUACCUUUAGCGGCAAGGUUACCAAAAAGAAAAUAUUGGAUUAUUUUAUGAAGACCAUCUGAUUAUAAUGUCUCCGCAAUGUUGGAUUUCCUUUUUUUGCAUCUAUGGAGCGAUGUGCAUCGUACAUUCCAGCAAUCCUCUCCUACGAAUAGGAGACGCCUUGUCAAAUGGGAAGACUGAUCGGGACACAAACAGAUUUUUCGGAAAGGAAAUUACCAUACCUCUUCGGUUAAUUUACCGCAUGGACAACGACAGUCAAAUCUCACACGACGUACUCAACACCAGGAUAAAAGCAAGUUCCGACUCAAAACAGAGUACGCAUGUAGCUCAAGCAAGCUUCCAAGUGGACGCUUUUGGUGCAACAUUCAUCUUCGAUGUGGAACUCAAUCAUGAUCUCCUGUCUUCAAACUAUGUGGAGAGACACAUUUCAGAAGACGGGAAGUCCAUCAUUUCCAAGGGCGGGGAACACUGCUACUACCAGGGCAGAGUCCGAGGGGUCCCCGAGUCCUUUGUGGCUCUUUCCACCUGCCACGGGCUACAUGGGAUGUUCUUUGACGGAAAUCACACCUACAUGAUUGAACCAGGAGGAAACGACAGCGUCAGCGGAGAUGUUUCCGUCCAUAUGAUAUACAAGUCCAGGGGCAUGGAGGCUGCCGCUGACUACAUUCCUCCCGCUGAUGCUCCAGAAACAGAUGCUCCACCCAUCCCUGACACCAUGGGGGCCCAUAGGAGGAGAAAGAGACAGGUGUCCAGAAUUCCACACAGUGUUGAAGAUGAAACCAAAUAUAUUGAACUUAUGGUUAUCAAUGACCACCUGAUGUAUAAGAAACACCGUCUCUCUGUUGGUCAGACAAAUAAUUAUGCAAAGUCUGUUGUGAACAUGGCCGAUAUCAUUUUCAAAGAACAACUGAACACCAGGAUUGUCCUGGUAGCUAUGGAGACUUGGGCAGCUGACAACAGGUUCAAUAUAAACGAAGACCCCAUGGUGACCUUGCGAGAAUUCAUGAAGUACAGACGGGACUUCAUCAAGGAGAAGUGCGACUCAGUGCACCUAUUCUCAGGGAGCCGUUUCCACAGUAGUAGGGGAGGAGCUUCUUAUCUUGGAGGAGUCUGUUCACUGACUAAAGGUGGAGGAGUCAAUGAGUAUGGAAAAACAGACGAGAUGGCUAUAACGCUCGCACAGUCGUUGGGACAAAACAUUGGCAUUUUUUCCGACAAGAAAAGAAUCCUCAAUGGGGAAUGCAAGUGUGAUGACAGAUGGUCGGGGUGCAUAAUGGAUGAUGUUGGCUUCUACCUGCCCAAGAAGUUUUCUGACUGUAACGUGGAAGAAUACCACAACUUCCUGAACAGUGGCGGUGGAGCAUGUCUCUUCAAUAAGCCCUUAAAGCUGUUGGACCCUCCAGAAUGCGGCAAUGGAUUCGUGGAGACGGGGGAGGAAUGUGACUGUGGCAGCCCUGCGGAGUGUCAAAAAGAGGGUGAAAACUGCUGUAAGAAGUGCACGUUCACCCAGGGCUCCAAGUGCAGCGAUGGACUCUGCUGUAAAAACUGCCAGAUGGAGUUCAUGGGCGUGGUGUGCCGAGAUGCAGUGAACGACUGCGAUAUUCCUGAGAACUGCACUGGAAACUCCAGCCAGUGCCCACCAAAUGUACACAAGAUGGAUGGAUACACUUGUGAAAAAGAUCAGGGUCGUUGCUUCAAUGGAAAGUGCAAAACUAAAGACAGACAGUGUAAAUACAUAUGGGGAGAAAAAGCAACUUCGGCAGACAAGUUCUGCUAUGAAAAGCUGAACAUCGAAGGCACCGAGAAAGGAAACUGUGGAAAGGACAAAGACACUUGGAUUCAGUGCAACAAGCAGGACGUGCACUGCGGCUAUCUGCUGUGCUCCAACAUCUCACCGGCCCCCCGGCUGGGAGAGCUGCAGGGGGGGCUCACGUCCUUCUCCGUCGCCCAGCACAGUGCCUCUUUGGACUGCAGUGGGGGUCAUGUGAUCAUCGAUGGCGACACGGACCUGGGCUACGUGGAAGACGGGACCGCGUGCGGCACCGAUCGGAUCUGCUUCAACCACAGGUGUCUCCCAGUGCAGGAGUUCAACUUCAGCACCUGUCCCGGCACCACCGAUAAGAAGAUCUGCUCUGGCCAUGGAGUCUGCAGUAACGAGCUGAAAUGUGUUUGUCACCUGGGUUGGGCCGGGGAGGACUGCAACGCCACCUCACCCCUCAGCUACCUGGUUGUCGGGCCAACAGCCAGUGCCUCUGGUGUCAUCAGCACCAAUAUCAUAAUAGGUGCCAUUGCAGGCACCAUUCUUGUCCUGGCUCUAAUUUUAGGGAUCACUGCCUGGGGCUACAAGAGCUACAGGCAGAGGAGGCAAAUGCCGCCCGGGGACUAUGUGAAGAAGCCGGGGGACGGCGACUCCUUCUACAGCGACAUGCCCCCUGGCGUCAGCAGCAACUCCGCCAGCAGCUCCAAGAAGAGGUCUGCCUAUCUGUCGCACUUACAGAUCUAUACGUGCUCCUUCACUCCGUCCAUCCCAUCCAUAAGUCAGAACAUCUCAUUGUUUGGCUUCAGGUCCAAUGGCCUGUCCCAUUCCUGGAGUGAGAGGAUUCCGGAUGCCAAACACAUCUCUGACAUCUGCGAAAACGGACGACCGAGGAGUAACUCCUGGCAAGGAAACCUGGGAGGCAACCGGAAGAAGCUGAAAGGGAAGAAAUUCCGCCCACGCUCCAACUCUACAGAGUGUUUAAGCCCCUGCUUCAAAACAGAGUAUUAUGUAACUAAGUGGGUAGAAGAUGUGAAUAAAAACACUGAAGGACCGUUUAUUAGGACGCUGUCGCCGGCCAAGUCGCCCACCUCCUCCACUGGAUCCAUCGCUUCCAGUCGGAGAUAUCCUUAUCCGAUGCCCCCACUUCCUGACGAGGAGAGGAAAGCCAAUCGGCAAAGCGCUAGGCUAUGGGAAACAUCAAUAUAAAGCCCCUAUUUACUCAGCAAAACUACUUAAGAACUACAUUUUCGUCUGCUUUUAUAUGAAUGAAAAACACAAGGAAACAAAACAGGAAAACUAAAGUAAAGGAGAGGGUGUGUAUGUGAGGACCUCCCCGACCAAGCCACUCACCAGGGGGCGCUGCUGUGCUGGCUGACUCACCCUGGGCAUCAAGGAGUACAAUUUCACCACCAGACCACACCGUCUGUGAGCUCGUCCUGCGCUUAGGAAACAUGGCCGUUGUGCAGAAGGGGGGAAAAUAGCAAAAUAAUCACAGCGGCAACAGCGCUCAAGAUAGGAACUUCCUGAACAAAAGCCUGCCACUUCCUCCUCUCCUCUCAGCUCCCGCCCCUUGCCCUCUGAUGCCCCACCCCCCUCCCUCCAGGCCCACCCAUGUCCAGUGUGAACGAUCUCUUCGAUUGGUGCUCUAUCCGAUGCAAUUCGAACAGGUCACUAUAAAGCAGGAUUAUUUAACAUUUUGAAGCACGCGAUCACUGUAGAAAUAAAACACUGUAUGCAUGUGAAAAAAAACCCUCUGUUUAUUGAUUCCUUGUAGUGUUUUAAAGCGAACACAGUAGGGGACAGCAUGUGGAAGACGGCGAUUAUGUAGGCCCUUAAAAUUUGAUUUCUAUUUAGGCUUCUUGAGGAUCAGCGAUACCAUUCACAUCAUAGCUUGCUGUGAAUCAUGCUCGCAUUCCAGUCGUGUUCUCGUCUGGGUUUUUUUGGAGUGGGUUUGUAAAUAUGUAUAGGUCAAAACCACAGUCAAGAUGUAGUGUUUCUUAUAAGACCUCUUAGAAUGGAGAAAGUUGACGAUGUUUGUCUUUACUGCCUCCCCCUGUCAUAGUAUUAUUGAUCAGCUCACUCAGAUGAAACAGUUCAGUAAGGAAAGUCUUUUUCUUUGGUAGUAUACACCUGCUACCUUAAAAAAAAAAGUUUAUUUCCACAAUGUUAACUGUGAACUGUCCGUGCAGCCAGAACCACAUGCUAGUGCUUCUAAAAUUCAUUUCUGAACGACAUCAAAGAAGCCUCGACAGGAAGUUCUAGGAAGUUCUUCCCUGAAUUCUGAUACCUACUGGUGUUUGCCAACCUUUUGAGUAUGCAAGGCAGAUAUGCAGGAAAGGGAAAUGUAACAGCGAGGAAAUUAUUAAUUCACAUUGGAAAUUAAGUAUAGUAACACUAAAGUUCAUUUGCUUGAGCAAGCAGAUAUAAACACAGAAGAAGCCACAGGCAGAGUUGGCAACUCAGUGAAUUAUUUCAGAAGACUUCCUUAUGACAGUUACCUCUGACUGAAUUGUGAUUGUAGACCGAUGGUUCUCAAACUCGGUGUGCUGGUUUUUGUUACAGCCAAUAUCUUGCUUGUUGAACACGUUUCUUUCAUAAUUUUUCUGUAGUCUUAUUAACACAAUGUAGGUUUGGCUUAUUUGCUUUGUCUUUAAAUUAAUUAUCUAUCAGAUAGUUCGUUUUAGUGGCCAAGUGUCCACACAUCCAUCAAUGAGGAGCCUAAUGAUUCACCAGUUUAAUUUCUUUUCUUUUUUUACCCCUUUUCAUGUAAUUGCAUUUAUAGUUCCACACAAUGUGAAUACUUUGCUUAGGAAGGUGAAUAAUCCAUCAAAAUCCAAAAAAAAAAAAACAUGAAAAGCAUAAUUAAUAAACUGAACGUGUUAAAAUCCUGCAAUUGUGGAUUUCAAUUGUGGUAGGACCGAAAACCAGCAUGCACAGGGGUCCCCAAUACAGAGUCUGAGAACUAUUGUACAGUAUGGACCAUUUUGAUUUUUGACUAGAAAUAGAGAUUUUUUUUUCCAAACGUUUUUGAAUUUUUAUUUAAAAAUUGCCAUUUUAAGGGGAUAAUUUACCCUUGUGAAAUGUUUGAUAAGAAUGAUGUAAAGUAGUCCUGUUACCCCCCAUUAGCCAGUGGACCAGGCUCCUGGACCAAGGGUGUAGGCUCCAGCUGACACCUUCAAUUUUUGACAUUCACUCUGAUGAUUGGAACAUCUGAAGCCACAGAUCCACCUGAAUGUAAAGUUCACAAUGGGGGGUGGGGGUGGGGGGGGUGGGUGGUGGGAUGGGGGGUGAAAUGUGAAAAACCUGUACAGUUCCUCAAAAUAACUGAUGAGGCAUGAAGCUUUCACAGAAAUAUUUUGAUAAAAGCAACAUUUCAUACAAGCAUUUUUGAUUUAUAUAUAUUUGUCCUGUAAAAUGUUUUUUAAAACGAUUGCUGUACAUGUUUUUUUUAAUUGCCGACGAGUACACCGUGAAGUGUCACAAUCCGUUUCUUUUUUGUCGUUCUUUAAAGUUUGUGUUGUGGACUGUACUUGAGUUGAUGUGUCCAGCACAGGAAUUCACAGAGUUGCAUUGGAAGUCAAAUUUCUUAAAGAUUCAAUUUUUGUUCAUUCAAAUUUAUAUAAUUUUGCAUGCCCAAGCCAUUGAGAAAGUUGACCGCUCCUUCCCCAAGAUCCAACUACACCAGGCCAAAACAGACUUGUCCGUCCUCUGCCCAAUUUAGAAACUGGAUCUUGUGGACAACAAAAAACAUAAAUGUAGGACAGAAUUGCGAUCAGAAUACUUAACGUUCACCUGGAGUUUUAUUUAAAUGUUCCUGGAGACAUUAAUCUUACUGUCAUGUGUAGAUACUUUCCAUCCAUGUAUUAGGCCUGCUGUCUGUUAUUUACUGAAUAUGCUUUUGUUUUAACGUGGGCACUGAUAACGAACUUACUACUGUAUGCAAUAGUAUUGUACUCAAUAUUAAGAUCACUACAAUAUUGGAUUCAUAUUACUAUGAGUAUUAGUGUUUUUUUUUUUCUUUCUUUUACUUACCGUACCAAUUACAACUCUCCCAGGUUUUUUUCUCUCUCUUUAAUAGUACUACACAGCCAUAUCUCCAUCAGAGGUACGCACUCAUCGUUUUAUGCAAAUUGACAAGUAUACGGAAAGCGUGUGGGCUAGAACUGAGAAAGUUCUGCGAGCAUGCUAGCAUACAGCUUUUGUGGAAUAACAAAAUCACUGUGGGGUCUCUGCGAUUCCAUCUACUGGAUCACCUUUGUCAGAACACUUUCCCGCUCAUUUGCCACAUCUUUAUGAUUUACAGAUAAAGUUGGUGUGCAGUCAUGCCAGGUGUCGGCUUCUGAAUGGGCAAGAAAAAGGGAGAAAGAAGCAGCAGUCGUGGCCGAGUCGUUUCAAGCAAUAGAUUAUACUGUGCAUGUUUUGCCUUGUUUUUCUACGCCCAAUCGUUCUUUAACAUACUUAAGAUUUGCACAAAUGCUGAGGCGGUAUCAAGAACAGGCCGAGAGCAUUUUCUUUUGUGUCGAGGAGUAGCUUGCGUUCCAACUCGGAGGCACACGUACAGUCUUUUUAUGAUUGGUCCAGCAGAGUCACGCGGGCCCUCUGGACCAAUAGGAAUAGCGUGGAAUACCAUCUUGUCCUGUCUGUUGAGGCGUUCUGAAAUCUUCCAAACUUUGUUACUGCCUCAUUGCCGGCGCUCUGUUCUCUCUUCGGAUGAUCCCUGCAGGGAUACUGUUGCCGCGUUACUGUUGCUGUCUGUAUCUGUAAACCGGGCCGAUGACGUUGAAUGACUGCCCUGAGGAAACGCUUCAUCCCAGCCGAGGCAAGAGGACUGGUCCCAUCUCUUUUGAAUGUAUUUCACGCAAUUCAGUCCAGAAUUCCACAAGCCUGCUCAACUAGAGGCAUCAGGACACUGUGUUUUUAACCUGUUAAUGUCUGCUGACCCGCAUCGCCAGCUCCUGAUAUAUAAAUCUAUAUACUUCAUUCUUUUCUUUUUCCCUGUAUGCUGUACAUAGACUGACAAUGCAAAAAAUCAAUGCCCAUAUUUUUUUUCUUACAAUAUCAUUCAGUAUUGUAAUAUAUUUAAUAUAAAAUAAAACUUUCAUCAAAA